AUAUUUGUCUCCUGAGCUGUGUGAGAGCAGCCGAAAGUCCAUCUCUGGCUCUCUGCGUUAGCCGCAAUGGCCUCUUAUACUGCUUACAGUGGCUACAGCAAACCACCUCAAUCUUACGUGGGCUCCUACUAUGACGAGAAGCAGCCUCAGACCUAUGGCGAUUACCAAGACUCUGUAUACGAGGAAAAACAGAGAAUUGAGAAGAAGAAGCGCCGGGAUGCCAUCUGUUGUGAGGUAGUGGCCCUUAUUAUCGGCUUCAUUGGACUAAUUGGAGUGGCAGCCGUGACGGGCCUGCCUAUGUGGAAGGUAACAGCCUUCAUUGAGGAGAAUAUCAUUGUCAUGGAGACCCGCUGGGAGGGUUUGUGGAUGAACUGCUACAGACAAGCCAACAUCAGAAUGCAGUGUAAGGUGUACGACUCUCUGCUGUUUCUGCCUCCGGACCUCCAGGCUGCCAGGGGUCUGAUGUGUGCAUCUGUGGCUCUGACCACCUUCGCCCUCAUCGUAGCAGCAGUGGGGAUGAAGUGUACCAGAGUGGUGGACCAUCGGGCUCGCACCAAGCAUAUUGUUCUUGUGGCUGGGGGCUGUCUGUUCCUCAUGGGCUGUAUCACUACUCUAAUCCCCGUGUCCUGGACAGGCCACGUUAUCAUCAGGGAUUUCUACAACCCUCUGCUCAUCGACGCCCAGCGCAGGGAGCUCGGGGAGGCUCUUUACAUCGGAUGGGUGACCUCAGCUUUGCUUUUCACUGCCGGAGUGAUCCUGCUGUGCCGUCACGCUCCCCGCACACAGGACCCAGAUGAGAGGAUUACAUACAACCCCGGGGCAAAUAUCUACCCACCUGCAUACACAUACCAGCCAUACACGUACCAGCCAUACACCUACCAGCCUCCCUACUCUGCACCCCCACCAGGAUCAGUGGCAUACACACCAACUCAGUACUAGUCCGUUCUGGACUUGCUUUAUAAACUUGCCAAUAUUUUGAACAUUUGAAUGAGAAGAAUCAAUUGACUAAUAAGAGCAACAGCAGUCAUGGGAAAUGGCCACGUUUCCGUACUUCCUCAAAGGGGAUGAAGUGUACUGCAGAGAUUGAAAUUCAUUAUGGACCUGAUUGCGUUUUGACCAUUAUGAACUGUGCUGAACAACUGUAUGCUUUGUUUGUUUCCAUAUGCUUAAUUUACACUAAAUUAUACUCAGGUAGAGUAUACUUAAUUUGUAAUAAUGCAACAGUUAUUUGUUAGGAAUACUGUCUUUACAGCCACUGCCGGCAUGCUCUUUGAGAGUGAUUUAUGCACUAGGCCUUUAUAAGAUGUUCAUGCGUGUUUUGAGUUAUUUUUGUAAGUGUACAUAUUUUUUCAAAAUGUUGGCUUAAACAUGAGGCCAAUUCCAGUUUUCAAUAAAGGAAUAAGGCUGAGAAAAGGGAAAA